CUUUUUGUGUAUAUAUACAUGCGCAGAUAAUCCAAAACAUUUGCAUAUUAUAUCUUUAAACAAUACAAGAAACUUCAAAUCCAAUCCAAACAAAACCCAAAAAUUUUAUUUUGUCUAAAUGGUGAGAAAUUCAAUGAAGGCUGAGUACGAUCUUGAUCAUCUUCCUCAUCAAAGUAUUUAUGGAGAUUACUCAAAAACUUUGGUUCCCAUGAACAAGAACUCCCAAAUUAUCACCAAGAUCAAGCCUAAGAUUCGUAUCAUUCACAUAUUUGCACCGGAGAUUAUCAACACAGACGUAAAGAACUUCCGUACACUCGUCCAAAGUCUGACCGGAAAACCGGAGAUCACCAAAACCAAUUCUAAGAAAAAGACAAAUAUUCCUGCGCCACCACCUCCACCUCAAGAAUCCGGUCAAGAUCAUACGGCGGGGCUAGUCAACAGUAUCAUAGGGAGCCACGUGGUGAAAGAAGAAUGGGGAUCAGGUUCGAACACAGACACUUACUUUGAUUUAGAUGGUUUGAUUGACCUUGAUGAAGACGACAACAUAUUCUCAAGUCGAUGGUUUGAUCUUCAAGUGCAAUAACUAAAAGUAAUCACACUUUGCCCUAAUAUUUAGGGUUUCUACCAAAACUGUGAUUCCUAUUGCACUUAAUCAUACGUUCGACUUGGGAUGUAAGAAGACAUGGUUUGAGACAUUGACCAUCUUGAAGCCCACUCGAGACGACCAUCAUCGUAUCGAUACGGGGUAUAUACAUAAUUUGUAUAUAUAUACACAUGUUUGGAUUUUUUUGGGUGCCCUUUGAUAUAACUUGGUAUAUUGACUUUGCCAAGAAAGAGUGUUUAUUGAAGAGUUAAACUUGGUGACUGAUUUUGCCACGAGAAGUAAGUUUGAGUUUAUGCAAAAACUCAACUUCAAAUUGGUGUAACACGUUGUACUCACGCGUGCGCGCAUUGAUUCUUUUGAUGUAUUUGUGAUUGACUUUUGUGGUGCACAAGUUUAUAUAUAAAAAUGCGAGAAUGAUUGUUGAUGGAAUUGUUUUGUUUCUUCGUGAAAUAAUAUAGGAU